AUGUCUUCGCCACCCAGAGACGGAGGCGCCUCUGGAUCGGCCACCAACCCCAGGUCGCCCGGCGUCAACCAGCCCUUCAUCUACCCAAUACGCUCGGCCGUUUCGGUCAAGCCCCCCUCGGAACCGCACACGCCCGGCACACGCAGGUCGACCGAACGGGUCGGCUCCGCCUCGGGCACCGACGGCUCGCACGGCAGCGGCACCUUUUUCGACCUGCGCAAUCGCCCAGAGGAUGUCGACCGAAAGGCCGACCACGACCUCGGCCAGUUCCGGGUGCCCGACUCCGAGGGGACGGGCACCAAUGGCACGCGCGACCUGCGGGAUAAGCUCGAGGCCAUGACCACCCGGCGCUUUGAGCAUGUCGAGACGCCCGAGGGGCAUAUGAUCUUGACGGGCAGGGAGGGCGAGCUUGCGCGCUGCGAAGACGAGCCGAUCCACGCGCCGGGAGCAGUGCAGUCGUUCGGGUGCAUGAUCGUCAUCAACGUCGACAGGUCGGGGCAGCUGAUAGUGCGGCAGGCGUCAGAGAACACGGGCGAUGUGCUCGGCCUAUCGCCAGCCUACCUCUUCAGCCUCCAGUCGUUUGCCGACGUCUUUGACGAGGACCAGGCAGAGCUGCUGUGGGACAACAUCGACACACUCGACGAGGGCGACCAGGACCUCUCCGAAGCCGGGCCCAGCGUCUUCCAGCUGCACGGCUCCUCGAUGGCCACGUACGACAAGCGGCGCGAAAGGGAUCCAGAGAGCUGCACGACCUGGAACGCGUGGUGCGCCGCGCACGUCCCGGAGAGGUCUGGCGGUGACGACGACGACGGCGAAAUGACUGUCAUCCUCGAGUUUGAGCUGGUCGAUGAUCCGGUCAAUCCGAUCGCGAGCUCGUCGCGGCCGCCCUCGCCGUCGUUUGACGAGGCUGCCCGCACGUCGGGUACAUCGACCGGCGGCACCACGACGCAGCAGAGCUCGCCGCCGCCCAGCAUCUCGACGGUCGACUCGGACGGCACCGUGUCGAGCACCGUCUACCAGGCCACGACGACGCGCAGCGGCCUCGAGGGCCAGGAGACGCGCCACGCGGCCGAGGACCUGCGCGAGUCGACGCAGACCAUCCACCGGCCGCUCAAGGCGCUGUCGAGGAUGCGGCGCAACAACGAGAGCGAGCAGCGGCGGACGCGGAGCCGGCGCCCCGGCGUGCUGCCCGGCAGCGGCAACGGCGACGGGACGGGCGGCAUGCUCGACAUGUUUGGCGUGCUGAGCCAGGUCAACGAGCAGCUAUCGGCCCAGACCGACCUGACCAGCUUCCUCAAGGUGCUCGUGGGCAUCGUGCGCGACAUCACCCUCUUCAGCCGGGUGAUGGUGUACCAGUUCGACGAGGCGUGGAACGGCCAGGUGGUUUGCGAGCUGGUCGACUGGUCCGACACCAACGACCUCUACCGCGGCCUCCACUUCCCCGCCACCGACAUUCCCGCCCAGGCGCGCGCGCUGUACAAGAUCAACAAGGUGCGGCUGCUCUACGACCGCGACCAGCAGACGGCGAGGAUGGUGUGCCGCGACGCCUCGGACCUCGAGACGCCCAUCGACAUGACCCACGGCUUCCUGCGCGCCAUGUCGCCCAUCCACCUAAAGUACCUCGCCAACAUGCAGGUGCGCUCGUCGAUGUCGAUCUCGAUUGUCGCCUUUGGCGAGCUGUGGGGCCUCAUCUCGCUCCACAACUACGGCGCCCGCGGCAGGCGGGUGUCGUUCCCCAUCCGCCAGCUGUGCCGGCUGAUUGGCGAGUCGGUCUCGCGCAACAUCGAGCGGCUCAGCUACACCCGCCGGCUGUCGGCGCGCAAGCUGAUCAACACGCUGCCCACCGACCAGAACCCCAGCGGCUACAUCAUCUCCAACGCCGAGGACCUGCUGACGCUGUUCGACGCCGACUUUGGCGUCAUCGCCAUCGGCAACGAGGCCAAGAUCCUCGGUCCGCUGAGCGCCAGCCAAGAGGUGCUGGCGGUGACCGAGUAUCUGCGCAUCAAAAAGUUUGAGCAUCUUGUCACCUCGCAGGACGUGCGCAAGGAUUUCCCGGACAUGGUGCUACCGACGGGCCUCGAGGUCAUCGCCGGGCUGUUGCUGGUGCCGCUAUCGGGCAGCGGCGUCGACUUUAUCGCCUUCCUCCGCAAGGCGCAGCUGCGCCACGUCAACUGGGCGGGCAAGCCGUUCAAGCAAGGCAUGGAGGCGAGGGCGAUGCUCGAGCCGCGCAAGUCGUUCAAGGUGUGGUCCGAGACGGUGCAGGGCACGUGCCGGGCGUGGAAGGACGAGGAGCUCGAGACGGCCUCGGUGCUCUGCCUCGUCUACGGCAAGUUUAUCUCGGUCUGGCGCCAGCGCGAGCAGGCGCUCCACUACAACCAGCUCAACCGCCUCCUCCUCUCCAACGCCAGCCACGAGGUGCGCACGCCACUCAACCACAUCAUCAACUACCUCGAGCUCGCCCUCGACAGCCGCCUCGACGAAGACACGCGCGAGAACCUGAGCAAGUCGCACAUGGCGUCCAAGAGCCUCCUCUUUGUCAUCAACGACCUGCUCGACCUGACCAAGCAGGAGCAGGGCAACAAGCUCUUCCUCCAGGAGCCCUUUGACCUGGCCGCCACCGUCCGCGAGGCCGUCGAGAUGCACGAGUGGGAGGCCAAGAGGCGCAGGAUCGACUUCACGCUCGUCACCGAGCCGUCGGUCUGCCGCGUGCUGGGCGAUCGCAACCGCGUCCGGCAGGUGGUCACCAACAUCGUCACUAACUCGGUCAAGUACACCACCGAGGGCCACAUCCACGUCUCGAUGAAGCAGCGGCCCGAGGACGAGCGAAGCGAAGACCUGCCGCAGGGCUGCAACAUCGAGAUCGAGCUCAUCAUCUCGGACACGGGCGAGGGCAUCCCCCGCGAGAAGCUCGAGGCCAUCUUCCGCGAGUUUGAGCAGGUCGAGUCGGUAAUCGCCGAGCCCGGGCGGGGCGACGGCCAGGACCUCAUCGAGCCUGACCCGUCGGCCGCCGACGCCAAGCCGGACAGCGGCAUCGGCCUCGGCCUGGCCAUCGUGGCGCGCAUCGUCAAGAAUCUCGGCGGCCAGCUGCGCGUCGACUCGACCGUCGGCGAGGGCUCCACCUUCACGUUCUACAUCCCCUUCUGCUCGGCCACCGACGGCGAUGGCAACGCGCGCAAGGGCACCGAGUCGCUGUCGAUGCGCAGGUCCAACUCGCUCGGCAGCGGCAGCAUGAGCUCCAACGGCAAGAGCGAGAUCGACUCGCUCGUCGAGGCCAUCCGCGAGCCCAUCUUGCGAGACCCGUCCAACGACAACGGCAACGGCAAUGGCAACGGCGACGCGGGCAGCUCCGGCGGCCGCAGGUCGAUUGAAAACGGGCCGGCGGGGCCCAGGAGCGGCGCGCCCACCUUUACCGUCAGCCGGCCGGCCAACUUCCAUCGCGGCGAGUCCCAGGACGGCAUGCACCAGGUCGAGGGCAGCGGCAUCCCCGUCCGCUCCGUCAAGGUCGAGCCGCAGACGCUCGAUGCCGACGAUCGGAUGCAACGAUCGACGUCGGCCGGAUCGACCCGGCGCAAGUCGUCGGCCGAGGCCUUCAAGGAGGCGGUCCAGAGCAGGGACCACGAGCCAAGCCAGGCUGGACGGCGGGCCAGCAAUGGCGGCGCCCAAGAGGUCACGCCUUGCGCCCAGGCCGCCGACGAGACGCUGGCAGAGAGGCGGGACCAGGCGGUGCCAGACAUGCAGCUGCCGCAGGCGUCUGCUGCGGACGGGAGCGCCGUUGCCGUUUCAGACGAGUCGCCCAGCGUCGAGCUGCCCGAGACGCCACCCAGCGGAGGGUCCCGGGACGGCGCAGCCAAGGGGGAGCGUCGCUCGUCGAGCUCGGCGCAGCGGCGGAGGCUCCAAAACGUCCGCUCGCAGCUCAAGAACCAGGCGGCCGCCGGCUCGCCCACGCCCGAGAAGCUCGCGCCGCUCCGCGUCCUCGUCGUCGAGGACGACCCCAUCAACCGAAUGAUCCUCAAGAAACGCCUGGGCAUGGACGGCCACACGGUGUUGCAGGCCGUCAACGGCGAGGAGGGCGUGCGGCAGUUUGAGAAGGACGCCAACGAGAUCGACUGCAUCCUGAUGGACCUCCAGAUGCCCAUCUGCAACGGCCAGGAGGCGUGCAAGCGGAUCCGCCAGUGCGAGCAGACGCGCUCGCGCAGCGGCCAGAUCUCGGGCCGGCCGCCGGCGCAGAUCCUCAACGGCCGCGUGCCCAUCCUCGCCGUAUCGGCCACCCUGACGCACUCGAUGCGCGAAGAGAUGACCGAGAUCGGCAUGGACGGCUGGGUGCUCAAGCCCAUCGACUUUGGCCGGCUCAGCGCGCUGAUGCGGGGCCUGCUGCACACCGAGGACCGCAAGAGCAACCAGUGGGAACCCGGCUACGUCUGGGAAAAGGGCGGCUGGCUGUCGCGCCCGGCCUCGAGGCCCGUGUCGGGCGGUGGCGAGACUGGACAGUGA